GGGGGAUUGCAGAGGUCUCUAGGACCCAGCAGGCGGCGGCAGGCGGCAGUUGUGUAGAUCACUGAGAGACUACGAGGGUCCGGCUCAGUUUUAAUUCAGUGUCUAAUCUCUGCAACAGCGGCGCUUCCUGGGUCCCGCGGCUCCCCGGCUCCGUGAGCCCCGGCUGGCCGCCAGGCGAACACCCAGGGCCGCCCCUCCUGCCCCAUCACCCACCAUGGAAACCCUCCAAGAAAAAGUGGCCCCGGACGCGCGUGUCUGAGGAUUCUGCACAAAAGCGGUGCCCAAAAUGAAGACCCUGAUGCGCCAUGGUCUGGCAGUGUGUUUAGCGCUCACCACCAUGUGCACCAGCUUGUUGCUCGUGUACAGCAGCCUGGGCGGCCAGAAGGAGCGGCCGCAGCAGCAGCAGCAGCAGCAGCAACAGCAGCAGCAACAGCAGCAGCAGCGGCAGCAACAGCAGCAACAGCAGCAGCAGCAGCAGCAGCAACAGCAGCAGCAGACGUCGGCGACCGGCCACACGCAGCCCUCGGCGGACAGCAGCCCCCAGCCGCGCCCCGGGCCGCCCGCUGCUCCGCGGCCGCUGGAUGGAUACCUCGGCGUAGCGGACCACAAGCCCUUGAAGAUGCACUGCAGGGUCUGUGCCCUGGUGACCAGCUCGGGACAUCUGCUGCGCAGCCGCCAAGGUGCUCACAUUGACCAGACCGAGUGUGUGAUUCGCAUGAACGACGCUCCCACCCGCGGUUUCGGCCGCGACGUGGGCAAUCGCACCAGCCUGAGGGUGAUAGCACAUUCUAGCAUCCAGAGGAUCCUCCGCAACCGCCACGACCUGCUCAACGUGAGCCAGGGCACCGUCUUCAUCUUCUGGGGCCCGAGCAGCUACAUGCGGCGCGACGGCAAGGGGCAGGUCUACAACAACCUGCAGCUCCUGAGCCAGGUGCUGCCGCGGCUCAAGGCCUUCAUGAUCACGCGCCACAAGAUGCUGCAGUUCGACGAGCUCUUCAAGCGCGAGACAGGCAAAGACAGGAAGAUAUCCAACACUUGGCUCAGCACUGGUUGGUUCACAAUGACAAUUGCACUGGAGCUCUGUGACAGGAUCAAUGUUUAUGGCAUGGUGCCUCCAGACUUCUGCAGGGAUCCCAAUCAUCCUUCAGUUCCUUACCACUACUAUGAACCUUACGGACCUGAUGAAUGUACAAUGUACCUCUCCCAUGAGCGAGGACGGAAGGGCAGUCAUCACCGCUUCAUCACGGAGAAACGAGUCUUUAAGAACUGGGCACGGACAUUCAAUAUUCACUUUUUUCAACCAGACUGGAAACCAGAACCACUUGCUAUAAAUCAUCCUGAAAAUAAACCUGUGUUCUGAGUGUGCCAGCCUAAAAUCCCAAUAGGCAAUAUCAGACACCCUGUAUCAGACCUCAGAGCCUUGUUUCUGAGCCUCCAGACACAAAAGAAGAACAGAACUGGAAGCAGGUAAUUCUCAAGUACCAUGUACAGAUGCCUAUGAAGCAUGGCUGCAAACCAAUGCAGUUGGUUUCUAAGGGAAAAUUUUAAAAUUAAUACUCCCUAAUGGGUGUUGUCGCUUUCAAAGGGGAUUCUUUUAAGAGACACACACUCAUUUCAGUGAUGCUGCCAUCGCUAGAUACCUUUUGGGUCUCUUUAAGUGUUGCCUUCAAAACCGAAACAUGAGCAACUCAAUAUUGGUUGUAUUCCUUUAUAGAAAUACUGUGGCAAAAGACAAUUUUUUAAUCAACGUGUAUCCUAACCUGAGCUAUAUCCACUGUAUUUGUUGGACUCUGUAUGUGUGAUUUGUAUAAAGCUGCCUAAAACUAUGGAUCUGAUUUCUGAAGAGCACAUCACCACUGACUUUCAUAAAACAAAUGCCCACUAUUUAUUUAGUGACCGUUUUUUAGUGUACUCUAGGCCAGUAUUUUUAUAGAUUAUGAUUAUGUGGCAAUUUAUUCUUCUGACUCUUUAAUCCUGUUGGGUUAAUGAGUUGCUGUGUACACAAUGCCCAUUGUUAGCAUGCAAUUUGUGUUUAGCUUGGAAAUGUUGUGUUGCAUUUUUUGAACCCCCCCAGGCUUCAAGAAGAGCGCUGACAUUUUCUGAUAUGCAGAAAUGCUCUUGGCAGAAAAAAAAAUUGAAAACUGAAAGGCUUGUCAUUAAAGCAAAGACAUCCUAACAAUAGAAGCUGAAAGAUAGUUUUCUUUUAGUCAUGAUUGAUGUAGAUCAUUUUCUUGAGCAGUGGUUUCCUCUUAUGUAGUACAGCUUCUUCCAGAUGACCUCAAAGUUUCAUUUCAAAUCUAAAUUUCUGUGAGCCUUGCAUUGACUCAUUUGAGGAUUUUGCAAUUAGAAUGAUAGGGCUCCCAGUGUAGGAGUAGUUUUUUUUUAGAGGACCUUUGUAUUCCCCUACUACCUUGCUCUUUCUUAAGAUUAAACACAUACUGGUUUCCUUUUUGCUAAACUAUAUCCCUACUCCCCUGCCUUUCUGGUGUGUCUUGUGUAAGAGAGGCAGACAGACAGACACAGACACACACAGACACACACACACACACACAUACAUGGGGAGAUGGGGAUAGAAUCCAUGUUGUUUUCUAGUUACAAAAUUAAUGAGCCUGCCUUCUUCUGUGGGCCUGCAAGAAGAAACUACAAGAUUUCCUAUCAUCCGAUCAUGCACUCAUUUAUCCUAUUCAGAUUCACUCAUAGCAAACCUUACACUGUCAUCCCCUGGUUUGGAGGAAUAUGAAAGAUUUACUUUAUUCAAAGCCAAGAUCAGUUAGUUUACAAGAUUUUCAUUUAAAACAAGUAAUAUUGUUCAAAAAAAAGUUUUUUUAAAGAAACACACCAAGAUUUUCUUUACAAAACCUGGUUUAGGAGGCAUUUAUUUCUUUAAUGAAAAAUUUUAAGGCACCAGCAAAUAGUAUAUAUGGAAAUUGACCUUGUUCAUUUUACAUUACUUGUCUUGACUUGUAAUGAAAAGUUUCUCACAUUACCAUUUUCCCUUUUCCUUAAACAGUACUAAUAUCCCAUUCCCUUGCACUAACGAGUACUGUUAAUUAUAAGAAGUACUUUUGUUGAAAUGCAAACAGUCCAGAUAUUUAUAUAGUCAGUGCAAAGCUGGUAUAAUUAGGUUGUGGCUACAGCUAUUAAACCCCAAUGUGAAUGAAGUGUCUGUCUUUUUUUUUUAAUAUUAUAGGAUUUUAUUCUAGUGCCACCUUUUCUUGCAGCAUGGAAUUUGAGCACUAUACUUUAUGAACAUAUGAAAAAGCAUAUGAGUUUUAUAUGAUUGAUUUAUAGGCCACCUUACCAACCUCUAGAAGAAAUUAUGUUGCUCUUUUAACAAGUCUUGUUUUAUGGAAAUUAGGAAAGGCAUACUUGGAACACAGAUAUAUGUAGCUACAUUACCAAACCUAUAAUAUCUCAUAUGCCUGUAUUUUUAGAUUUUAUAGUUUUGUUUAUUUUUUAAACUGACCAUAUGAGAGCACUUUCAUUUUAAAUAAGCUCUCCUUCUCAAACACCAAAAGAGUGGGAAAAAAGUGAACUCUGAAAUUCCUGGCUUCAUGGGAAAUAAUUUAAAUCGACAGUAGCUAGAAUAUGUGAGUAUGUGAAUUUAUGUCUUUAAAAAUGUGGUGUAAAUAAGUAGAAAAAAACUAGCACCACUUGGGUGUGGCUUUAUUAUAGCAUUCAAAGAAAAUGUCUAGGUUUCUGAUAAACUAAGCUGAUGAACCUGGCUGUGGACAAUUGCCACUAUCAUUUCAUGAUGAUCCUAACACCAUUCAACACCAUUAAACAUCAACUCUGAUAGAAAAGAUGACUACAGAGCCAUGUUUACAGACCCCAGUAAUUUCAAUAUCCAAUGAUGUUUGAAGCCCAAGUCAGACUCAUUAUGUUAUAUACCUUUUCUUCUCUUCCCAGCUGUGUCAUCAGAUUCUCCCUCGCUCUUAAGAUCACAGUAAUACAAAGCCACAGCUGGCCGAUCCAUAGCGUCUGUUAUUUCAAUGUAAGAACAUUUGGUAGAGGCCAUUACAAUAGAUAGCCAUUAUGAGCAAAGAUACAGGAAUGCACAAACAAAAUCAAUCACUUCAAAUGGCCCAUAAAAAGAGGAAUCUUACAUUUAAUAUUCUACAGUAAAUAUUCACCCAAGAAAACGUACAUUAAAAGAACAUUAGGAGGUAAAUAUUCAGUGUGCUGCGUGGGGACUUCUCUGUGUGAUUCCAUUACGGUUAAUGGGUGUUUGGUAACUAAAUCCCUGUGCUUCACUGACCCUGGUAUGUGCUCCUAAGGGCUAGACAUAAAACCGAGUGAUUCAGAAAGUUCCAAGGUCUUAAGAUUUCAGAGUUAGAGCUCUUUCUCAAAGAAUAAUGAAAGCAAAACACCAAGUACUGUAACUACAAGACAAAUUUGUGUGUGGUCUCUUGGAAUACUUAAGUUGUUACCAGAUCUUUGAAUCAGUUUCCAAACAAUACUUCUAAGGUUCUCUGUUGUACUGAUAAUUUAAAUCCUAUUAAAAUGGAAGUAUAUGAUCUUAUUUUGAAAAAGAUAUUCUGCUAAAAUAAUCAAAAUGAUUGAUUUGGAAGCUAAAGGCAUGCUGGGAGGAAAAGUAGGAGGAAAAUGUUUUGAAAUUCUGCUACAAUUAAGACAGUGUUAUUUGAACGCAUGUAAGCAUUUGGAAUACUUAACCAAAUGUUUCCUUUCAGAAAUAUACUCCAGGUUCCAUAGAGAUGAUGGUUUGAAUUCUUAAAUAGAAUACAGGAAAAUGAUCUAUGUCCUUAUUCUUUGCUAUUUUGGUAGGUGAUGUUAAUAUUCCUAUAUAUUUUGUACCUGACCCAAUCUUCCAUCCUAGUGGCUUCUCUCUUGAACCUCAUUCUGCUUUUUUGUUGUCAUCAUCUCCUGAUUAUCUCCUUUUGUCCACAGUGUGUUCUUAGACCAACAGUCUUUGGGAGAUAUAAAGAUCUUUCUUCCAACUUCUUAAACUUAAGGACCUACCUGGGGAAUAGAUUUCAGAUAGGUCCUGCAAUGGCUAUAUAGUAGGUGGGAGAGUGAAAUCUGGCUAUAACACAUGAUGCAUCAGAAGUAUCAUUCUGAUUUCCCUGGGACUAGGGGCAAAGUUUUGACACAUGGAUGUUGAGUGCUAAAUUCAAAUAACCUUUGGCAUACUAGGACAGUGGGUCACUCUAUCAAAAGGUCACCUCAAAUAGAAUUGUAAUAUUAGGACCCUGUGAAGGGAAAAUUCACCGGUGACCCCUAUUCUAGUUUAUGCCAGGAGGCAAUUUGGAAUGGAAAGAUGUAAGGGGGUUAUACCUGGCUUUGAAAAUGAGUAGUAACACCCAUUAUUCUGGCUCACUCAACCCCACCUACUCAGGGUAUUAAACCACCAUAGAAAUGAAAAAAAAAAGUCUGCAACCCUGUUCGUGUCUCCUCAGUGCCCUAAUAUUAUAUGCUACCUUGGAUCGUCCCUUGUCUUUUUAAUGUGUGUGUCCUGUGAGUUUAAUUAGAUUGUAAGCUCACGGAGAGCAAGGAACUGUUUCUCCUUUGUCUUUGUAGUCUUAUGUCUAGUACAGUGCCUUGUACACAAUAGGCGCUCAAUAAAUGUCUGUUGUUGAUAAAGACCUA